AUGCCCAUGGAUUUGUACUAUUUACCAGGGUCAGCACCAUGCCGCGCUGUGUUGCUGACUGCGCGUGCAUUAAACCUCAACCUCAAUCUGAAGCUGGUCGAUAUGCACCACAGUGACCACCUCAAACCUGAGUUCUUGAAGAUGAACCCACAACACACAGUGCCCACCCUAGUGGACGAUGGUUUUCCUAUCGCAGAGUCGCGUGCGAUUAUGGCGUACUUGGUCAACAAAUAUAGCAAAGGCAACACCCUUUACCCAGAAGAACCCAAAGCCAGAGCCCUAGUUGACAUGCGACUUGAUUUCGACAUCGGAACUCUUUACCAGAGAUUCGCCGACUAUUUCUAUCCCCAAGUGUUUUACGGCGCCUCAGCUGACAAAGAGAAAUUAGCAAAAGUAGAAGAUGCCUUGAACCUAUUGGACACCUUCCUGGAAGGUCAAAAAUAUGUCGCCGGACCUAACCUCACGCUGGCUGACCUAAGCAUCAUUGCUGGAGUAUCGAGUUUUGAGGCUUCUGAUAUUGACUUCAAGAAAUAUGCUAACGUUAAGCGAUGGUAUGAAACGGUAAAGGCCACGGCUCCAGGUUACCAGGAGGCUAACGAGAAAGGUUUAGAUCUAUUCAAGGCUCUCGUUGAUAGAGUGCUGAAGAAGUAA